AUGGCUGAAUAUCCAGAUUCAUAUCCGUUCCCUUCCAAUGUUCAUGUUGCAAGUUCUGUAACUCUAAAACUCAAUGAUUCAAAUUACCGUCUUUGGAAAACUCAAGUGGAGUCUCUUCUCAGCAGUCAAAAACUGCUUGGUUUCAUAAAUGACCGAUAUCAAGCUCCGCCGAAGUUCGUUGACAGAACAGUUGGUGACACAGUUCGAGCCACUGAAAAUCCAGCCUAUGAAGCCUGGUUCUGUACGGAUCAACUAGUCCGCUCCUGGAUCUAUGGUACUCUGACUGAAGAAGCACUUGGUGGUGUCUGCAAUCUCGCCACCUCUCUGGCUGUUUGGACUUCUUUGGCUAACACCUACAACCGAAGCUCCAUAAGUCGAGAGUUUGAGCUCAAACGCAAGCUUCAUGCUAUCAGGAAACAAGGUAAAACCUUUUCUGCUUAUGUGCGAGAAUAUACAGCAGUGUGUGACCAACUGAGUUCUAUUGGGAAACCAGUAGAGGAAUCUAUAAAAAUUUGUGGUUUUCUGCUUGGUCUUGGACGAGAAUACGAUCCUAUUGCUGUGAUUAUUCAGAACUCCAUGUCUCGGAUUCCUACACCAACGUUUACUGAAGUGCUGUAUGAGAUUGAAGGUUUUGAUACUCGUCUGCAGUCGUAUGAUGAUGAUGCUGUUGCUACUCAAAUGGUGUUCCAUACUCCUGCUGCUCAGACUCAAGAAGUGUUUCAAGCAUCCCAAACCAACAACUACAGAGGUCGUGGGGGUUAUAACAACAAAUCUGGUUCAAACCGAGGAAGAGGUGGCUACUCUUCUUGUGGACGUGGGUUCUAUCAGCAAGCUGUCAGUUCUGGUUCAAAUCAACAAUCUGGUGCUACAAACACUCGUCCAACAUGUCAGAUAUGUUGCAAAGUGGGUCAUAUGGCUGCUAAAUGCUGGAAUCGUUUUGACAACAACUAUCAAGGUGAAAAUUUGGCUCAAGUUCUGGCUGCUUUACAAGUUUCAGACUCCUCUGGUCGAGACUGGAUUCCAGAUUCUGGUGCUACAUCUCAUGUUACCACAACUGAAGCUGCUCUGCAACAUGCUACACCAUAUCAAGGUACUGACUCUAUCAUGGUAGCAGAUGGAAAUUAUCUUCCACUUACGCAUGUUGGCUCCACUAGUCUACCAGUUUCUACAGGUAGUUUGACUCUUAAUGAUGUUCUGGUUUGUCCAACAGUCAAGAAAUCCCUAUUAUCUAUAUCUAAGCUGUGUGAUGAUUACCCAUGUGGUGUAUUUUUUGACUCUCACAAGGUCUACAUUCUGGAUCUGCAAACCAUGAGGGUUCUAGCAAAGGGACCAAGACGUGAGGGGCUGUAUGUGCUAGAGAAUCAAGACUACAAGAUCUUCUACUCAAAUAGAUAA